AUGGAUGAGACGGGUUUUCAAAUGGGGGUUGCCUCUACUGCAAAGGUUGUAUGCGGCGCAGAAUCACGAGAAAGCAAUGCAAGAUCAGUGCAACCAGGCAAUCAAGAAUGGGUCACGGCGAUUAUCACGAUCAGCGCCGCAGGCGUCGUUUUACCUCCACAAAUCAUCUUCGCAGGUAAAAUGCAGCAACAGAAGUGGUAUGAAGAUAUUCCCGAAGACUAUCGGGUCAGAGUGAGCGAGAAUGGAUGGACGAAUGAUAAACUCGGGUUUGAAUGGCUUCAAUUUUUCGAUAAUUUCACUUCUUCAAAAACGGCCGGUCAAUAUCGCCUUUUACUGCUUGACGGCCACGGGUCCCAUUCAACGCUUGAAUUCGAUCAACUUUGCAAAGAGAAAGACAUCAUUCCUUUAUACAUGCCGCCUUAUUCUUCUCACAAAUUGCAACCGCUUGAUGUGGGCUGUUUUUCGCCGCUAAAAAGCUACUACGGCCGGCGAAUUAGCGACGCUAUACAGAACGGUAUAGAACAUAUCGAUAAAAGCGAUUUUAUUAAUCACUUCAAGCGUAUAUACAGUAAGGCCUUCUCUGCGAGCAAUAUAACAAGCAGUUUCGCCUCUACAGGCCUCAUCCCGUACGAUCCAGAUAAAGUGCUUUCAAAACUGAAGCCUUUACGAUCUUCAACGCCUCCUCCACCUUCAACUUCAUCGGCCAACCAGUCCAUGUAUCUCGGUAAAACGCCCGUGAAUUUAUAUCAACUAAAUCAUCAAAAAGCGGAGAUUCAAUCGUUGCAAGAAUCGGGAUUAUCAUCGCUUAUUGUGGACCAAGCGCUUGAGAAGGUGUAUAAAGGCACGGAGAUGGCCAUGCAGAACGCCGCCCUACUUCAACAAGAAAUACGCCAGCUUCGCGCGGUAGAACAGUAUAAAAAAGGCAAUAAAAAGGCCUCACGACGAUAUCUUCAAGAAGGAGGCACUUUGGCCAGUCAAGAGGGGCGGGAAAUUGCGAAUGAAAAGGCCGCUGAAGAGGCGAGAAAACGAGCUGCUCAAGGGCCUACAACACGUUGGCCAUCGCGCUGUAGUAACUGCAAUCAGGAGGGUCACAAUCGUUUUAAAUGUCCUGCCUAA